CGAAUAGAAGCCGGCUCCCUGCAUGCCCGGCUGUAGCGCUGGUUCCGGUGGACAGCGGCGGCGUACGGGCAGUGCUUACCUGUGUAGGAGCGCGGCGGAGGAAUCGGUGUCGGUCAGGAGAUCACCAGAGGAACCAAGUCAGCCACACAUUGUCUCGUCAGAGGCUGCAUAGAAGGAAGGAUGUUUGCCUUUAAUAUGUUCGACCAAGCAAUUCCGCAAGCAUUUCGGAAUCGGUUCUCAACGCAGUACCGCUGCUACUCUGUCUCGAUGUUUGCAGGCAGUGAUCGAUCGGAUGUAGAGAAGGGAGGAAAAAUAAUAAUGCCGCCGUCUGCCUUGGAUCAACUGAGUCGACUGAACAUCACAUACCCAAUGCUCUUUAAACUUACCAACAGGAAAACUGACCGAAUUACGCAUUGUGGUGUUUUGGAAUUUGUGGCUGAGGAAGGAAUCUGUUACCUGCCUCACUGGAUGAUGCAGAACCUGCUUCUGGAGGAAGGGGGCCUGGUCCAGGUAGAGAGUGUGAACCUCAUGGUUGCCACUUAUUCCAAAUUUCAACCGCAGGCUCCAGAUUUCCUGGAUAUCACCAAUCCCAAAGCUGUAUUAGAAAAUGCCCUGAGGAACUUCGCCUGCUUGACCACUGGUGACGUCAUUGCCAUCAACUACAAUGAGAAGAUCUAUGAGCUCCGGGUCAUGGAAACUAAACCAGACAAAGCUGUUUCCAUCAUCGAGUGCGACAUGAACGUGGAUUUUGAUGCCCCAUUGGGUUACAAAGAGCCUGAAAGGCAUUACCAGCCUGAAGACACCUCGGAUCUUGAAGCUGAUCACACUGCCUUUGUGCCAAUUGACUUGGGGUUCCGGCCAUUCACUGGUGCUGGCAACCGACUAGAUGGAAAAAAGAAAGGAGUUGAUCCCAGUCCAGCACAAAUCAACCCUGAAGAUAUUAAAAGAGGAAUUCCAAACUAUGAGUUCAAAAUAGGAAAAAUUACUUUCAUCCGGAAUUCACGGCCACAGCCAAAACAAGUAGAAGAGGACUCUGGAACUAGCAGGUUCAUUGCGUUCUCUGGAGAAGGACAGUCUCUGCGCAAGAAAGGAAGGAAGCCUUAAGCUGCUGAGCACUGUAACGGCAGGAGAAUGGCCUUUUCCAUUUGAGGAAGUGGCAAGAAUGCACAGGAACUGGAAAGGACUGAUUCACUACGUAUUUUUAACAAAAUCAUUCAUGGUUCUCUAAUGGAAUCCUUUGCACUAUCUCUCUUACAGACUGGCUUUCACUCUUGUGUGUCUAGCUUUAAUGGACAGUUGAUUUUGACUGAAGUGACUGGUUUAAGAAUGGAAUUCUACACGGCAGGCCAUUGCUGAAUUAUCUUUAGGUGUGUUUACAAAUGUCACCUUGCUCUGUAUGUAUAUAAUCUUCCUUUAGUAAACCUGUUUUCUGACA